GUCGCGAGCGGCUUGCAUGUGAACUUCGAUGGCUUCUCUGGACUCGAGUACGAAGUUGAAGAGAAGUUCUCGCCAAGCGCAAGCCUUGAAGCGUGGUUGUGGACUGCAGUACCUCGUGAAGUGGAAAGAUUAUUCCAACGCCGCUUCAGAGCAAUCGUGGCUGCCAGCAAAGACUCCCCGUCAACGCUCUUGAAUUCAUCUGAUGAUAGCCUCGGAUGCUUUCGAUCAAGCAGCGCAGGAAGACGCGGCGUCAGCUUUUUGGUUACGGGGUUCUCUUCCUGACUUGGUCUGCAAUUGAUUCAUCAACGGCUUGCGCUUGCACAUUACUGCUCUGCCAACGGUGGUGAAAUCAAUGGGUAACGCUCAGCGGCUUCAGGACUCGGCCAACUUCCCUUGACUUUCGCCUGCUUAAGGAGGACGCAGUGAAGAUCGAUAACGAAAUGAACACCAAGGACCAUGGUA